AUGUCCACAUACUCGCCUCCGAGCAUCCUUUUAAACUGUGUUACUUAUGAAGUCCUAGAAAAACAUGAUUUGUCUUUUGUUGUUCUCUAUAGUCUCAUGGUUGAUCCAUUACCGUCUACAAGUCAAACACAGCCCAGUAAGCCUUUUUCAGUGGAUAUUAGAGAUUUUUUUGAAAGGAUAAUGAGACCCCGACACCUAACAUCCUGGAAUCAAGUUGAAGAGGCCAUAGAUCUUUUGCAGAAAGUGACAUAUACACACUAUGUAGUUAGAGAAAGCAAAUUAAAUAAAGAAGAACCUGGACUUCAUUACCAUUAUGUUGUGUAUGUGUGCACUUUUGGCCACAAAAGAAAGCCGGAAGGUACUGGGCAAAGAGUUAAAGGAUCAAAAUUCACUGGCUGUAAAUCCAUGUUUAGAAUCAGAUACGAGCAUAACAGAUAUGUAAUACCGGCUUCUAAAACAGUACACAAUCAUCCGUGCGACAGGGAAUAUUUAACAAACGACCCUUGGUCCAGAAAGCUCAGCCAAGACCAGUUGCAAGUUUUAACCCCGAUGAUCACAGUUGGUUCAGAACCAAAUGAAAUAAUUAAAUAUGUUGAUGAAACCUUCAACAAAACCAUCACGUUCAACGAUUACAAAAAUCUCCGACACAAAGUUGCUAAAAGUAAGUUUCCUUAUAGUUAA